UAGUAGUGUGUCUGAAUGGCGCUACUCGUUACACCAUUGCGAGCACCGAGCAUGCGCGCCUUUGCUCGGGAAUCCAUCUAUUUAUAGAUCCACGUCAAGUUGAGGCGCUUUCUGCAGAUGAACCGUGUAAGUCCGCAGAAGGGAUCCGUCUGUUGAUCAGCCGAACGUACUCAACAAAGACCAUGGCUUCAAGUCACACUUACCCAAUGAAAUACAAACAGAAAAGUAUUGCCUAUAUCAUCAACAACGUCAUCUUUGAUGGAAAUGAAAGAAAGGGCAGCGACGUUGACGAACAGAAAUUAAUUAAGACGUUUACAGCCUUGUCAUUCGAUGUGAAGUCAGUCCGAAAUCAGACACGAGAACAGAUGGUGAAACUAUUAGAAAAAGUUUCCAGAGAUAUUCACAAGGACAGCGACUGUUUUGUCUGCGUGAUUCUGUCGCACGGGGAGGAGGACAAGGUCCAUGGUACAGAUGGUCCAGUGGAGGUCACCAAACUCUUGGCUCCAUUCAGAGGAGAUCGCUGCUCAGCUCUGGCCGGAAAACCCAAACUAUUCUUCAUUCAAGCAUGUCGCGGGACACAGUAUGAUGAUGGCGCAGAUGCCCUUGGUGUAAAAGGGGAUGGUCCUGGAGGGGAGGAUGAAGACAUGGGCGUUGAGGAUGAACUAGUCACCUACAGGAUACCAAGAGAGGCUGAUUUCCUCAUCGCCUACUCCAGUGUCAGAGGAUAUCGUGCAUGGCGUCACGAAGGGAAAGGCUCCUGGUUCAUCCAGACGUUAUGCAAGGUUCUCGAAGAGCACAGGGAGAAACUUGACCUGUUGACCAUGAUGACCCGAGUCAAUCACACGGUGGCCUUCGAUUUUCCCUCACAGGGCAGAGCACACAAAAAGAAACAAAUUCCGUGCAUCACGUCCAUGUUGACCAAGGAUCUCUUCUUUCGAAAGACAUGAACAUAAAAAUACAUUAUUCUCCUCCGAUAGAGGAUUAAUGAUGGAGAAACAAUAUGUCAUACAAGGUAUCAUAAGGCUUCAGGUUCAUGGCUGUAACAUACCACUUUCCAGUAGUGUAAUGUAUACAAGGUAUCAUAAGGUUUCAGUGUAUUGUAUGUAACAUACCUUUAUCCAGUAGUAUAAUGUAUACAUUGUGUCAUGAGGUUUCAGUGUAUUGUAUGUAACAUACCACUAUCCAGUAGUAUAAUGUAUACAAGGUGUCAUAAAGUUUCAGAGUAUUGAAUGUAACAUACCACUAUCCAGUAGUAUAAUGUAUCCAUUGUGUCAUAAGGUUUCAGAGUAUUGUAUGUAACAU